AUGACGGGGAAGCUGCAGGUGGCUUACAAUCUUCUACCGAACGACGAAGACCAGCCACAGGUGCAGCGGAUUCACCUUCAGGAGCUUGCCAGUCUCUUUACGCGUUUCAAUGUCCAGAAAAUAUUUGGAGUCCACCUCAUCCACGGACACUUCCAAAUCGAGGAAGACAAAAUCAUGCUUGGGACGUCCCUCAAAUCCGUUCGGGGAUGCUGGACCCAGCCCACUAGUAUCGCAGAUAUCAAACCGGCAGAGAUUCACGGUCACAUCUUCAAGCUGACAGCCAGUGGCGAGAUGCAAGCCUACGAGUAUCGCCAAGGCCCAACAACCAGUCUGAAUGACGUCGAUCCUUUGUUCUUCCAGGAACUAGUUAUAUACCUUCAAGCCCAUCACUUGGUCAAUAUCCUCGGGCUUCAAGUCCUUACUAAUGAUGUGCCGGCGAUGAUGAGUGAGUUUGUCCUCGCGGAUAACGGCACCGUUAUGCUGGACGAGAGAGAUGUGAAGAAUUGCGGGACGCCCUUCCGCAUCACCGGGUUUUUUCUUGAAGAGCCAGGCAUGACUGAGUUCAAGGACGGAGAAUCUCAUGCGCCAACUGUCAGAGGCACCCACCAAGUCUUUACUAACGACAAGAUCGAAACGGAGAACCAGCUUAUGGCUAUCCUCCGAAGUGAGGACAUUGUCCUUUGA